AUGAUGAAAAGUUGUCAGAUAGAUCAAUACAAUAGUGACUCAACAUUAAACUCGUCAUUUGAAUGUAUUAUACCAACAACAAAUGAACUUAAUUAUGAAACAAGUCAAGUUAAAUGUCCACAUAAAGAAAAAAAUCCUUCAUUAGAAAAAUGUCAAAAAAUAUUUAAAAAUAUUAUGGCACUUAAUGUACAUCUUCAAAUGUAUCAUAAAGAAACAGGCAUACUAACUGCUUCAAAUAAAUAUAUAUCACGUAUAGGACGGUAUCAUUGUCCAAUAGAAGAUUGUACAUUUUAUUGUCGGUGUAAAAAAGAUCAUAUUCAAUCGCUAUCAUUUUCAAAUUUUAAUGCUGUACGACUUCAUUAUUUACGACAACACGGUUUAAAAAAAGAACAAUGUUCAAAAUGUUUAAAAUCAUUUGGUCUUCAUCAAGAUUUAAUUGGACAUGAAAAAAUUUGUGGUAUUUAUUGUCCAUUUUCUUGCUCGAAUUGUGAUCAACAAUUUCAAAACCGAACAAGUUUACGACGACAUCAAUUAAAAUAUCAUUCAAAUGUUAGUAGUGAAUCUCAAAAUAAUCAAAGUGUGACCAAUACUCCUCCCUCAUUACCAAAGCCAAGUGAACGUCGAAAACGACCAAAUCGUCGUCGCCCGCUUCCACCAGAUCAAAUUGAACUUUCUCGUCAAAACAUUCCUUCACAUCAACCUGUCACAAUAAAUCCACUUGCAUUAGAACUAUUAAAAAAUUUUAAUCAUGAAAAAUUGCCUAUGCCAUCAUCAUCAUCAUCUUCUAUAAUUGAUACUACUCUCAUAUGUGAAUCAGAUAGCGAUAAAGCAACUCAAACAUAUACACGUGUUUCUGUUGGUACAGAAUGUUGUUCAUUAACAAAUACUGAGUUAAAUUUAAUGCGUACAAUACCAAUAAAAACAACUGAACAAAAAUCUAGUCAAACACAAAGUCGUAUAAGAGUAUAUAAAAAACGAAGACGAAGUUCAACGAAAAAAACUACUAUGACAUCAACAACAAUAGAUGAUGGACCAUCAUCGGUUACUAUUUAUACAAUGCCAACGAAUACAUUCAAUGCAUCAACUAUGACACAAUGGGAAAAUGUUCCUGUUAAUGAUAUGGAAACUCAAAUACUUACUCCGACACGUUCUGAUAUGUGUAUUCAAACAGUUGGCAAUGUGUCAAAUUUACUUGAUUAUCCAUCAGAAUUAUCGGAAAAUAAUAAUAGUGUUAUUGUUCAAACAUUACCUAUAUCAAUGACAUCAACACAAAUGCAAACAAUAACUGAAUAUCCAAUAGAACAAACAACAAAUGAAUAUAAUAAUUAUUUAUUACCAUAUCAAGAAUCUGUUGGUACAUCAUGUUUUCUUGAUGAAUUUUUACUUGAUGACUUAUCAAAAAAUGAUCCAUCAUCAUCAGUUUUAUUUGAUUUUGAUGCUAUGGAUUUACUUGAUUUAAUCGAUAAUGGUACACAAACAUAUCCAUUAAUAUCAUCACAUGAAACGCAAACAAUGACUAAUUGGGAUUCGAUGUUAUUAAAUGAAGAUGAAUGGAUUCGAACAAUGAUGAAUAAUUAA